AACGAUCACGUGACUUGCGCGACCGAAACGAACGCGGCGCUUUAGAACAUAACUCGAAUCUGAACUGAAUCUGAUUCAAAUUCUCUGGAUAUUCAGAUCGUACUCUUUCCGAGUUGCAUUCUUUAGUUUGCUUUAUUUGGAUUACAGCAAGGGGUGGAUGCAGUUGUGUAUCUUGUGAGGAAAUAACGCGGGGAAAGCUUGUCGGGUUUUUUGUUUGUUUGUUCUCGUUUGUUUUUGACCGGAUUCCAAUAUGAGCAAUAUUAUUGUGGGAAUGAUGGAUAUAUAUCUGCGGACAUCCUGAAAGCACUCGGUGUGAGUCAGCUGCGGGACUCGUCAGCACACACUGCCAUGGUUACGCACACGCAUUUUGGACACAGUGCUCCACGGGCUUUGGGGUGCCAUUAUUUUGUAUCCUCUCACCCCGCUAUGAAGAAGUAAAGCGCCGAGCUGUGCGUUCUCGGAAUCCGAUAUGUUUUGAUCAGGACAACUUUUGAAGGUCGAGCCAUUUGUAUAUUUAUUUAGUAUUUUCCAACUUACUCGGCGACGAUGACGGAUAAACAUUCUCCUCCUGCACCUUACAUUGGGAUGGAAGUAGUGAUCGCUCUCGCUUCCGUCUUAGGAAAUGUGAUGGUGGUUUGGGCGGUGAAGAUAAACCGCUCGUUGCGGGACACCACUUUUUACUUCGUUGUCAGCUUAGCUUUGGCAGACAUCGCGGUCGGGGCUUUUGUCAUUCCCUUGGCCAUAACGAUUAGCACCGGACUGAAGACGCACUUUUACAGCUGUCUGAUGGUCGCCUGUAUUAUGCUCGUCCUCACUCAGAGCUCCAUCCUGGCUCUCCUCGCCAUCGCCAUUGACCGCUAUCUGAGGGUCAAGAUCCCGCUCAGCUACAAGCGAGUAGUGACACCAAAACGAGCUGGGACAGCGGUGUUCGCGUGCUGGCUGGUGGCCCUGAUUGUGGGCUUAACUCCCAUGUUUGGCUGGAACAACCUGGAGAAACUCAACCAAACCAACAACUCUCAGGGACCCAACCCCACUGUCACCUGCACAUUCGAGAAUGUCAUCAGCAUGGAGUAUAUGGUCUACUUCAACUUUUUUGGCUGGGUGCUGCCCCCGCUCGUCCUCAUGCUUGUGAUAUACUUGGAGAUUUUCUACAUGAUUCAUAAGCAGCUCAAUAAGAGGCUUAGUAAGGCGGGCAGCCAAGCUGAUCCCAGCCGGUAUUAUGGAAAAGAGCUCAAACUGGCCAAAUCUCUUGCUCUGGUGCUUUUUCUUUUUGCCAUUAGCUGGUUACCGCUGCACAUCCUGAACUGCAUCACUCUGUUUUGCCCCAGUGGUAAAACUGAGAUACUUAUCUAUGUGGCUAUCUUGCUUAGUCAUGGCAACUCGGCCGUCAACCCGGUCGUAUACGCCUUCCGCAUCAAGAAAUUCCGCACUGCUUUCGUCAAGAUCUGGGAGCAGUAUGUCUGCUGUAAGAAAGUGAACCAUUUGGCCAGUAGAGCCACCCGACGAAGGGAGUGUCUGGAGAAGAAGAUGCGACGAAAUAAUGACAUUUGACUAAGCUAGAACAUUGAACGUAGCUGGCCAUGUUGAUUAUUUUUGUGAAAUGACUGUAUUCACAUUUAACAUCCAGGUCCUGUGAUCCUGUGAUGUCUUGACUUAUAUUUCCUCUUAUGAGGACAUUCAAAUGAAGCAGCAUUCUGCCUGAAAGUGUGACGGAAAUAUUCACAUACAUAGUCAGUGGGUCCAUUAAAUAUGACUGCUGCUUGUGUUAGUGGAAAAGCUAUAUGCUGUAUAGUACUGGCACCUGUGGAUUGUGUUUGAUUUCCUGUUUUUAAAUGAGAUUUACAAGCUUUAUAGCAUCAACUUUAAAGUGCUUAUAGCCACCUCAAGCCUUGUUCAGACCAGGCAAUGGCCCUAUAUUUAAUCCUCUUUGAAAUGAACGGCACUGCACCAUUAAUAAUGAAGGGGAAGAAUGUACAUGUAUGAUUGAUUGUUUCCUUGAGGAAGGGCAAAUUUAAAUGGAUAAAAUACGAGUCAAAUCAUAACUCCUUUGCUAUCAAGAAUAAGUAAUGUUUUACCAUUUUGAUUUAAUUGUUUUUACCAAUUUAACUCCUCUCGCUUGUGUUACAGCUGUGUCUGAAGUAACCUACAGAAGAUUAAUGUGAACUUCUAAAAGCACUAAUAUCUCCUUAAGGCAUGCUUAAGCUCAUAAUGUGCUUAAGCAUAGACUAUCUGCAGAAUGUUUGAUAUCUACAAUGCUUUGAGCAGAAGAACAUAAAAUAAGUGUUCAAUAAAAGACAAAACAAAAUCAUGACUUUUUCCAGUUUGAAACAUACUAAUAAAAGUCCUGAUAGUGUUUUUAGUAAUAACUGUGACACACUUCUGUAGAACUUGCCUAUGAUAGCACGCGAUAUUUGUGGUCAGCACUGCUGAUAAAACCACAUCCAUUUUAAGAGAGCUCAUCAGAAAAGGGAACGUGACAACCACUUGUACAAACUACUGAAUACAAGUUCAUGUAGUGUUGCUUUCCUUGGUGUGCAAGAGUUUUGGUUUUGCAUUCUAUAUAGGAUAAGGUCAGGUUGAGUUCUGACAGGUCCUCAACUCUGCAAGUGUAUAAAAUCAUUUCUUCUAUUUAAAUUCUGAUUUUCUGUGAAGCCCUCCAAGCUGUGUGUGUGCAGAUAAACCACCUAUGACACCCAGCAGUAUAUUCAUGCGAGCUCUAACCAGCUAGAAUUUCCAAAUAGAUGCUAAAUUGCUACACAUGGCACUACUACACUUCUGUAAAUUGUUACGUGAGUAAAUUUCUCUCUUAUCAUUGAGAAUUUGAUUAUCUCUGUACCAGUACUAAAUAUGAUAGUCAUUCUCUCUAGAAACAAAACAUUACCUGGAACAUACAGUACUAUGCAAAAGUUUUAGGCACAUACAAAGAAGCUGUAGAGGGAAGAUGAUUUUUUUUUUAAAAUACUGUAAAGAGCAGUAAACAGUAAUAAAUACAACAAAGGCAAUGUUUGGUGUGACGACCCUUUGCUUUAAAAAAAAAAAAAGAGAAAGAAAGUAGUCUCAGGUAGAAUUUUGCGCAGUUUUAUAAGGAAAUGAGCUGUAAGUUGUAUUGAGCAUUUUGCAGAAGCAGCAACGGUUCUUCAGAAGACUUUGAAUGUUGCACUCACUUCUUAUUUUUUGCAGCAAAACCCAGCAGCCUUCAUUGUAUUUUUUGUCUGAAAAGUGUCUCUUACCACUUAAUAUGCUGUUUUCUUUACUGACAUACAAACAUUUUUCUGUAACAUUUAGUUUUGUGCUGGAAAACUAAUGUUUGGAAAUCUAAAAUG